AUGGACUCGGCAUCCUCCACCGUGGCCGCCUCCUUCACCUCGACGUCGCACGCCUCCCUCGAGGCGGAGUCCAAGUUCCUCACUCGCACUCGCUUCCUCCGCCUCGUCCGCCUGGGGCUGGCGAUCCUCAUCUUCUGCGUGGCGAUCCCCACCAUCGCCUGCGAGGCCGUGGCCCUGCACCACUACCGCCAGACCUCGCGCUACAGCCAAGUCUGGCUCUACCUGUGGCCGCUGAACCUCGACCUGCGCCCGGCCAAGGCCCUGCUCGCCUGUGGCAGUGUGAUUGCGUUCCAGACCCUCAUCUACAUCAUCGCUGCCCUUCUUCCAUCGCCCCACUCCCACAUCCGCCGACUAAACCUCCUCGCCGCAGUCACGGCCCUCUGGGGCUUCAUCACGGCUCUCGUGGGGUUCGUGUUCGUGAUCUACCGCCCCGGCGCGAGUGGCCGCAACGGGUUCCACGAUACCGAGACCCUCCAUUCUUGGACUUGCAAGUGGAUGGCGUCUUCUGCCAGUAGUAGUAGUAGCAGUAACGUCCCUGCGCAUUUCGCCAGGGACUGCGCGGUGACGCAUGCCUCGUUUGUGUUGCUGGGGGUGUUGAUCGGGCUGGAGAUCGUGAUGGGCGUCGUCGCGACGGCGGGACUGUGGCUGGAGCGGAAUGUGUCGCGGCAGCGGGUGACGGAGAAGCCUUCGUUGGAGAUGGUGGGGAUGGUGGAUACCAAGGUUGAUCGGUAUCCGGGGACUUGA